AUGCACUACAAUUCGUUUAACUGCAAGCAGAAUAUACUGGAGUAUUACACCUGCCAUGGCGGGGUCAAUCAGCUCGGCGGGGUGUUCGUGAACGGGCGCCCGCUGCCCGAUCUGGUCCGGCAGCGGAUCGUCGAGCUGGCACACAACGGCAUCCGGCCGUGCGACAUUUCGCGCCAGCUGCGCGUCAGCCACGGCUGCGUCUCGAAGAUCCUGUCCAGGUACUACGAAACGGGCAGCUUUAAGGCGGGCGUGAUCGGCGGCUCGAAGCCGAAGGUGGCCACGCCGCCGGUGGUGGAAGCGAUCGCCGCCUACAAGCUCCAGAAUCCGACCAUGUUCGCGUGGGAGAUCCGCGACAAGCUGCUCGCCGACGGCAUCUGCGUGCACGACAACGUGCCGAGCGUAUCCUCCAUCAACCGCAUCGUGCGCAACAAGGCCGCCGAGAAGGCCAAGUACAGCUCGCAGCGAUCGGACAACAGCGGCCUCGACAGUCCCCGCAUCCUAUCCCGCAACAAUCAACAACAGCAGCAGCAACAACAACAGCAACAGAGUCAGCAACAGCAGCAGGAGUGUCUCAAUCAACAGAUGAAGGGCGACCAGGAAGCAGCGAUGAAGUCUCCACAACAGCAACAACAGCAGCAGGUGGUCGAAAACGUCGCCUCUCAAUCGUACAGCAUCAACGGGUUGCUGGGACUGUCGCAAAAGUCGCUGUCCGGGACGAGCUCGAAACGGCGCCGCGUUAAGGACGAUCCUGACCUCAAAGGAAGCAUGCUCAGCUGCAUCAAGCGCGAUAAGGAUGCCAUAGAGAUGUCGGAGAGUAUGCUGCACGAUAGUAUAAAGCAGGUUUCGGGUGGUCCGGGUCAGCCGGAUCAGCAGGACAAACAGCAGCAGCAGCAGCAACAGCAGGGUCAUGAGCAUCUAUUCGUCGGCGGUGUUGAUUUCGUGAGCUCACUGGCGAUGGCACAGGAUGAGAGUCCGGAGCAGCAGCAACAGCAAGGUGGCUUCGGAAGUAUGCGCAGUGGAAGUGGCAGCGCCCGAGGAACAGCCUCGAUGGCCAGCCCGAUCCGGACGCGAGAGAGUGCCCUGUUCCUGCUGGCGGGCAGUGGCGGCGAUAAGGCACACAAGUACCACCGCACGGACGACCCAAUGCCGGCCGGCGUGAUCAUCGAAGACGACAGCAGUGCCCGGAAGCAUCAGCAGCAACAGCAGCAGGCGCAUCAACCUAGCGACGUGAAGGCAACCUACGACAAGAUCAUCGCCGGGGAGUUGGUACAACAGCAGCAGCAGCAGCAGCAGCAGCAAGCGGGUGGCGUGAAGCGCAACCCGGCGACGGAACCGAGCGCGCUGACGCAAUCGAUCGAGUUCCUGAGCGACAUGAACAACAACAUCGCGCAGAACCAGCACCAGAGCUUCACGGCGGCCGCCUCCGCGUACGAGGGCGCGUACGGGGCGGCGGACGCGGGCGAGGCGGCCGUCCAGCUCAAUCCGCACCUGGCCGCCUGCUCGUCCGCCAACUACUCCGCGUUCCUGCAGAACACCACCGACCAGUUCGCGGCGGCCGGCAACCCGGCCGAGCUGAUCUUCCCGACCGCCGCCUACACGCAGUACGCCGCGCCCGGCUACGGCUCGUUCAACUACAACUCGUCCUUCGCCAACAACAGCCUCUGCCGGGACCUCGGCCAGAUUCACUAUCCCGAGGAGCAGUAGUAGUAGCGGCAGCGGGCGGAAGACGACUACACCACAAGAUGAUGAUUUCUUCCGACUUGGCUGGUGGCCCAGGACACAGCCAGACAAAGGCAAGCCUUGGAAGCACCCCCACACCACGCCAAUCGGAAACCCACCACAACAUAACCUCGAAGAGUUCGCCAACAGCCGGUUUCGGAUUCUGUACCGUAUUUUGUUUGUACUGCAUUUCUCCUAUCAUUCCCAUCGCCGCCGAUCAAACCGGGUUCACCGUCCUUCCCGAUCCCCCCGAUCCGAGGAACAAUCUGCUCUCUCCCUCUCUCUGUUUCUUUCCUCAAAACGGGUUUCUUUCGAUUGCCCAGAAAUGGACCUAGUGGUAGGGAAUAAUUUACGCGACUAUUUAAUUCCAAACCGACUGCAUUUAGUAAAGUGCGCCGCAGUGUGAACGGCUUUUCACUUUUUACUUAGGACUUUCCCGUUUUGUGCUUUGCCCUCCCCAGCGGUUCUUUGUUUUCGGCCCCGACUCGACUUAGAAGAACUUUGUACACCCACAUUUGCGCAAAUGUGGCAAUGGAUCUAAAACUUAAAUGGAAACAAAUAAAUUAAAUAAAUGC